UGGCGUGGCAUGGAGACCCCCUGCCACAGCCUCUCACACCCGUCAGUGCUAGGGACGGAGGUUCAGGAGCGGAGCUGGACAUCAUCCGCCGUACAGGGCCGAGGGAGCUGGAGCACGGGCCAGGGCUGGAUUUCCAGCCAAGCCCAGGAUAGAAGAUGGGCACAGAGCAGGGAGCAUCUCUGCCCGAGCAGGUGAAGAUGGAGGAGCAAGACCAGCCAACCAGGCCUGCCCUGAGGGAGGAGCCAGAGUCAGUGGGGAACCACCCUCCCUCGAGGCAGGCCUGGGUGAAUGAUGAACUCAGCAGGUGUCAGGGAUUGCAACAGAUGGUGAAUCAGCUAUGUUUGCAGGAGAAGCCAGAGCUUCAUGGGGCCGGGCCCCCUGCCCCCCACAGCCCCACGGGGAGAUGGGGAAGGGGGGGAGACUGAGCCCGAUCUCGCCACCACCAAACGAGUGACUGACACCUGCCAGGAGCCCAGGGCGCUGGGGGGAGCCCGAGACACACACCCCCUCGGUGGGGAAGACCAACAGUCCCACGCCAGCCUGGAGGCCAGGGAGGCUGGUGACGGUGCCAAGGUGAAGGGAACUGUCCUGCGCCGCCACGACAUGGAGACGCAGCGCCAGCGCUUCAGGGGCUUCCGCUACCGGGAGGCAGAGGGGCCACGGGAGGUUUACGGCCACCUGUGGGAACUUUCCCAUCGCUGGCUGCAGCCAGAGACCCGCACCAAGGAGCAGGUGCUGGAGCUGCUGGUUCUUGAACAGUUCCUGAGCCUCCUGCCUGAGGAAAUGCAGAGCUGGGUGCGGGAGCAUGGCCUGGAGAGUGGCCAGGAGGCCGUGGCCCUGGCAGAGGAUUUCCAGCUUAUUCCCCAGGAGCCUGGGUGGCCGUCCCAGGCCCCAGUGACCUUGAAGGCGGAGGUCGUGUGUACCUCUGAGGAGAUGCCCGGGAAGGAGGACAAGCAGAGGAACGCCACGCCGGCAGUUCACGACGCACUGGGAUUUUCCACCCAUGGCCCAGAUGCUGUCUUCUGGCUGGAAGGAGGGGCUGAGGCGCUUGUCCCGGAUCCCCAGGGCCCUGAGGAGAUGGAGACCCCUAGUGGUGACUGUGAAGCGAAGCUGAUGGAAAUCAAAGACGCUACAGAAAAGGCCACCUGGCUACUGGCAGUCCAGAGAGCGAUCCUAGCAGCGUGGGAAGAAGACAAAAGCCAAGCACUCAUAGGCAUAAAACCCCAUUUCCAAAUUAAAGAUGACCUGAGCAUGCAGGAUGGAACCAUAUUUUGAGGAGCUGUUGUCCCUGCCUCCUGUCAUAAGGAUGUCAUGCAAAAACUACCUACCUCACACAUGGGCACUGACAGCUUUUUAGAUAGGCUCAAGGGUGAGUUUACUGGCUGGGAAUGAAUACAUAAUUCCGCUCCUGGAGAGAAGGGGUGACAGGCCUGUUAUGUGAUAACCGCCAGCAGAAAGACUGUCACCACAUGAGCUGCCCACCCAACCAUGGGAAAAGGUGGGCACAGACUUACCUUCCACUCCAGUACUUGAUUACAGUGAAAACUGUAAAUAUUUUUCUGAGCUCAAUGCCCUGAUGCAAUGCUUGAUACAAGAAACAAACUGACUGGCAAACUGAGGGGCUACUUUGUGAGAUAUGGCUUUCUGGAUACUGUAUUCAUUGACAGCUGACCCAAUUUGCUUCAGAAGAAUUCAAGAAAUUGGCAUGUAAAUGGGAGUUUGCCCACCACACACCCACAGAGUGAUGGUAAGGUGAAUGGGCUGUUUCUUCUGGUUCAGACCCUAGUUAGCAUUUUUGGCAUACAGGAGUACCACAUCACAGCGGUGCCAAACAGUUCAAUCCAGUCCAGGCACUGAUGGAACAAAGGCCCAAAACUCUGCUAUCAAUGAGGGGAGACCAAUGUUGGUGCCAGAAGGAUGGGGAUACUGAAGAAAGAUGGCCAUCAGAGAAAGCAGGCACUAGAGUACAACAGGUCAGACAAGGAUCUAGCAGCCCUGGAGGCAGGCACUGCUGUGAGCGUCCAGCCAGUAGGGAGACACCUGGAGUGGACUACCAAAACUGUGAUGGGUGCAGUGGCACCCAGGUCA